CUUCCCUCUCCACCACAUCGUUCACCAAAUCACAUCGAUCCGCUCAUCGAUAGCCUGCUGCUAGCUAUCAGAGCAGCUACGACGCAAUGUCAGGCCAGCACCAGCCCUCUGCUGGCCCUUCGUCGGGUCGAGGUCGAAACGUGGGUGACGGGAGAUGAGAAGGGAAUGGCUCAGCUCCGCCUAACUCGCUCCUCUGACGCUCAUCCCUCUUCUGCCUUCAGCAGCAGCAACAAGACGGUCCCUCGCAGAACCAGGCUGCUGGUCCUGGAGCGCCGCGAGGCAGAAGACCCAUUCAAUAUCGUGGCCUCUUCCAGCGUGACUUACCAAUGAUGAUGUACGGCUUUGGCGAUUCGCCUCAACCCGACCCCCGCAGCAUAGACGUGAUGGAACGCCUUACCAUCUCCUUCCUCGUCGACCUCUGCCACCGCUGUCGGCCAGCCCCUUAUGCCCACCCUUCUUCCUCCAAUCCGGCCCGCAAUCCUUACCUCACCCGCUCUCGAGUCAAGAUCGACGACCUCCGCUUUGCGCUGAGGAAAGACGACAAAAAGCUGGCGAGAUUGGAAGAGCUGAUCUAUUUGGACGGAAUCAUCAGUGGGGCCAAGAAGAUUUUGGACACGGGAGCGAUUGAUGAUGUUGCCAGGCAGGUAGAGGCAGAGGAGAGGCAGAAAAGGGGAGGAGCUGGCGAUGAUGAGGAGGGAGAGGACCAGCAGCAGGCUCAGGGUGGUGAGGGGGAGGCGAGGGAGGAGGAGCACGGAUUGCAGCUUCCUGGUGGGAGUGGCAGGGGACGAGGUGGUGGCGGUGAAGAGGGAGAGAGAGGAGCGCAGAGGGGCGGUGGACCUGGGAGGAAGAGAAAGAGGGGGGCUGCGGUGUAGCUUGGCGCAGGUCCAGGACCCCUUGGGCGCCACACAGCAUUCAUUGUACAUACCCGGGCGACUCACAUCUUACAGCGGAGUCCGCCACAGCGCGUCCAUCAGCCCAUCAAUCACGCAUUUGUCUCACAGUCAAUAUUUAGUGUGUCGUCG